UGUGGAUACUGCAGUACAUGCGACCGUACAACUGAUCUCAGCCCGUGUUCUGCUUUUUUUCUCCCUCCUUCCUUCAACACCAGCGACGACACGGAGCAAAACAGACGUCUGUGUUUUGAAGUGAAGUGCUAUACUGAAGCCCUGCAACCAAACCUCAACUUUCCGUCUCCUGCACGAUAACAUGUCAUGAAGUGGACCUAGUGAUGAGAAAAACUGGCAUCAACCUGACGGCCCAAAUCCAAACCGUUUGGCAGUGAUCGGUAUUCAUCUAGGCACAGGCGAGGUGUGUGUGUUCGUGUGGUGUUCGUGUGGCAUACGUGGACUGCGAAGAAGUAUCAAAUAAAUCAGCUUUCCCCUCGACUACUCAGUGGAACGGUUUUUCCGAUCACUGACAUCACAACAAGUCAAAGGUGCAGUGGGGGCGAGGCUGCUCUCAGGCCAGAACAAACCUGUCGCCAUGGAUGUGGAUGAGGAGGAGAAUAUGAGUGAGUCCGCUCAGCUUUGUCUCGUGUGUCCAUACUUGUGUUUUUGUGUUUUAGUGCAAUAAGCUUUAAAAAGAAAAAUUUAUGCUUGUAUAUUUGUGUUACUGCAUGUUUUCCCCUUGUUUGUCUUCCUGUCCUUCUCAGAUGCGUAAUCAGUAUGAACACAUCGUGCUUACUUAUAUUACCCAAAUAUAAGUGCAGUACUAUCACUUUGUGUAAUAGUACAAUGCAAAACUAAUCAAACUGAAUGCAAACCGAAUCUGCAAAUACAAACAUGUUUUGUUUUUUUAAAAGUUGGCCUAAAAAGCUAAAUUAUUUUGUUUAGUUGCCCCUCUGUCAGAUUCCAUCAGCAUGAUGAGGCGCUAUCAUUUGUCCUUACCUGAACCAAGACAGAGAUACACACACAAACACACAAAUACACUCACUAAUAUAACUAUAACUUUUUUAUAAAAGAAAUUAAUCAGUACAUCUGAGAUUCUUCAGAUCAUAUUGCAAAUUUCCUCUGCUUUGAUUUCCCCCUUUAGAAAAUCUCCUCUCCAGCUUAUUGAACUUUAAUUAGACAUUUUGGUUUGAACUCAGUAACUGAACCUCAGACGGCAAAGAAAGUCAUCAUUAAAUGUCUUUUCUUUUCCUUUUUCGCACCUUAACACUUUUCAACUUACAUUCAAAAAGAGCUGUCAUCUCAUCCUAGUAGCACCCUAAUCUGCAACACAAGCCAUCGUUUCUUAAUGUAGUGUCACACUUAAUGUUUCUGAGAUGAGAAGAAGCAUGUUGUUGUGUUAAGUCAAAUAACCACAGAGUUGCAAAAUACUUUGUUGUCUCUCAGAGGCGGCCUCUUUCCUACAUUUACACUUCUAGUCAAAAGAUGUAUUUGAAGAUAAAACACAGUCCAAGCUCACACAGGCCUAUUUCUUAAAUACCAAGGGAACGUCGAAGAAACACAUGAAAGACUUUUUUACUUUUAUGUGACAACCUUAGCAGCUCUUUAAAUUCUUUAAUCACACGAAUCAAAAGCACAACUAACAAGUUAUACUCGAAAUGAAGUUUUGAAAAAAAAACUAUUUGGUUCAUGUAACCACCACAGGGCAUUUUGGCACUGAAAAUCCAAGCAUAUGGGAGGUUUUGGGUUUUUUUUUUCUUCUUGCGAAGCUAAUGGAUGCUGAUUACACAAAUGCUGGCAUGAUAAUGACCACAACUGCAUAUGUGUGCCAUAAUUCAGUGCAUGGUGUCGUGGCUGAUGCUCUCUGGCUUUUGUCCUCAGAUCUGGCCUUAAAGCUUCAGAGUAUCCAUCAUCCAGCCAAAAGUUAGGCAUACUUUUUUUUAAGUGAUUUUCAUUCAGCUCUUUAGAUGGCCCUUCAGUGAAAGUUUAUACACUAUGUAUAUAUUUUUUGCCAUCAAAAAUUAACUUGAAACUGAGAAAGGGAGCUCUGAGUUUUUAUAUCUGCCAUUAUGUUCACUGUAUUUCUGUUUAGCAUGCUAGUAUUUCAUUUUAUAUAUAGAUUUAUUUUGAUUGGAGUAUUGAUGGCUAUAUUGAUCACUAGGUGAACAUGUGUAUAAGUAUAUUAAGUCCUGAGAUUGCCAGUAGUUAAAGGCUCUACUCAUUAUAUCGUUGGCAGAGAACUCUAUAUUUUAAAUUGUAGAAUGAAAAUCUAUGUCUGUGUUCAACUUUUUCUCUUCGGACAUUCAGUUUUUAUUACUUAUUUCUUAAUGAAUGCCCCGAUAUCAGUGAUGGUUUAAGGUUAUUGGCUGGAAUUGUGUCCCUGUCCUAGAAAUUGUACCUAUCGCCAUGUUGAUAAGUGACAGUUCUCCUUGGUUGGUUCUGUGCACACUUCUUCUGUCCCUCCUUUCCCCAUUUCAUCUCUUUUUUUAUCUGCAAAACUCCACAAAGACUGCAUGCACACCCCAAAAAAUAUAUUGCAUGUUUUCAGAGCUCAUAAUCUGAAGAAUGUGUAGUUUGUAUACUUGAUCUUAGGAAGACAUUUUUAAUAUUUUUGCUUGUCUUUUUCUUUUCCUUGCCUUGCGACAUGUCAAUUAUAGUAUGCAGAUGGUAGCAGCAUGUCAGUGCAUUUUUGAAAGCCAAAACACUGUGAUCUCUGACAAGCUCCAUGGGUGGGAUCUCAGAGGCACAGGGUCAUAUGAAUGGCGCCUCAUUAGAAAACCGUUUUUCUGAAUUCAGAUUUUUCCUCAUUUUAAAUACGACAGUCAUUCUUCUCAAAUUCUCAUGCAAAGGGGGGUAACCACACAUUUUGACCUUGUACCCUGUCGCCAGUCUCAAGCCUUUAGGAUCCUGCAGUAGGUGGAGUCCUCUCCUUCUGCCUCUUUGAUGUAUUCUCCUGUUUGCCUGGUCCUCAGCUCCUCCCCUGCACUCCUCCCCUGCACUCCCUCAACCCAACCUACAAUCCCACUCAUGCACACUGCGGCCUCUCUUUCUCCUGAGUACCGCAAGGAGUAACCUAUCAAGCCUUUGCUGAAGGAUGUUAUAAAUGAAAAUUUUUGACAAUAUUCCAUCCACUUUGCUAACUGGGUUCAGUGAUAUGUGUUCCCCAGUAUAUUAAUAUACCAGCAGUUUCAAACUGAACACUCUACCUCAUUUCCUUGUAGGCAGCAAAGUGAUAAAAAUGGAUGAGGAAUAGUUCUGUGUGUAUUUGUCUGUAUGUCUUUGUUGAGCGUCAAUAUGUAUAAUCACAGUUGUUUACAUUUAUGUUUUUAGAUCAAUACAACAUGAAAAGUACACUAGUUGUUUUAAUCAUAAAGGCAUUUCCCCUCACUUUCCUCCUGACCCUUAGAAAAACAAGUCUAUGUGACAGAUUUAAUAAUGACAAUAUAUUAAGAGAUUGAUUUCAAACUUGAAUACCAUUUGACCAGAAUAUGGGCCAAAAGAUUUCCAAACAGUUUUCCAUCAAUGUCUUGAAUGUGGACCAAUGUAUAUUUAGGACCUGUCAUGUCCUUUAAAAACCUAAAAGCCAGCAUCUCUUUCUAUGAUAAAGGAACACAAAUCAUUGGUUCAGUUCCAAAGAGUGAUAAAGGAAUCUAUAAAUUUUGCAUUUACAAGAUCCUGCAACGAAGGCGUUGUAAGUUACUCUUUCUGGGCACCGCAGGUUCGAGCAGCACCGACGUUAAGGAAAACCGAAACCUGGACAACGUGUCCUGCAAAGACGGUGUGGGUGUGGCUGAACAGCUCCCCAAUGGAAGCGGCCUGGGCAGUCGAAAGCGGCCCUUAGAAGAAGGAAACAAUGGCCACUCGCACUCCAAGUUCCGGGCCAAGAAGCGUAAGAAAACGCCGGGGCCUGUCCUGCCCAAGAAUGCUCUGAUGCAGCUGAAUGAAAUCAAACCAGGUCUACAGUACAAACUGCUGUCUCAGACAGGACCGGUCCACGCACCAGUUUUUGUCAUGACCGUGGAGGUCAAUGGACAGAUGUUUGAGGGCAUGGGCCCAACGAAGAAGAAGGCUAAACUGAAUGCAGCUGAGAAAGCACUGCGCUCCUUUGUCCAGUUCCCCAAUGCCUCUGAGGCACACCUGGCCAUGGGUCGAACACUGACAGUGAACACAGACUUUACAUCUGACCAAGCUGACUUCCCAGACAUGCUCUUCAAUGGCUUUGAGACACCAGCCGUACCUGAAGAGUCCUUCUAUCUAGGUUCCAAUGGUAACGGCUCAUUAAACUCACUAGGGGAGUACCCACUUCCCACACCACCUGGCAGUAACCUUGUCCAGGCACCAUUGCCCCCUCCAUCGGCAUUCAGCUCACCCUCCAGUGGCAAAAACCCUGUCAUGAUCCUCAAUGAGCUCAGGCCGGGCCUCAAAUAUGACUUUGUGUCGGAGAGCGGUGAGAGUCAUGCCAAGAAUUUUGUGAUGUCAGUGACAGUGGAUACACAGACGUUUGAAGGCUCAGGGCGCAACAAGAAGCUGGCUAAAGCCCGGGCAGCCCAGGCCGCCCUCUCAGCUCUGUUCAACAUGCAGUUAGACCAGACACCAUCCCGGCAACCCAUACCAAGAGAGGGAUUGCAGCUUCACCUACCGCAGGUUCUCGCUGAUGCCGUCUCUCGCCUGGUGGUGGAUAAGUUCAGUGAGCUGACAGAAAACUUCACCUCCCCCCAUGCGCGACGGAAAGUCCUAGCAGGGGUCGUCAUGACAACAGGGACAGAUGUGAAGGAGGCACAGGUAAUUUGUGUCUCCACAGGAACCAAAUGCAUCAACGGUGAGUACAUGAGCGACCGUGGCCUGGCACUCAAUGACUGCCAUGCUGAAAUAAUCGCCCGACGCUCGCUCAUGAGGUACCUCUACACCCAGCUGGAGUUAUUCCUCAGCAACAGCAAAGACGAACAUCAGAGCUCCAUAUUCAUGCAUUGUGACAAGGGAGGCUACAGGUUAAAGGACAACAUCCAGUUCCACCUCUAUAUCAGCACCUCGCCCUGCGGAGACGCCAGGAUCUUCUCUCCGCAUGAGGCCGGAGUAGAAGACCAAGGAGACAGACAUCCCAACCGAAAAGCACGGGGCCAGCUAAGGACCAAAAUCGAGUCGGGGGAGGGCACCAUCCCUGUGAGGUCCAGUAACACCAUCCAGACCUGGGACGGCGUCUUGCAGGGAGAGAGGUUACUCACCAUGUCCUGCAGUGACAAGAUUGCAAGGUGGAACGUGGUGGGCAUCCAGGGCUCUCUGAUGAGCUACUUCACAGAGCCGAUCUACUUCUCCAGCAUCAUCCUCGGCAGCCUUUACCACGCCGACCACCUCUCCAGAGCCAUGUACCAGCGCAUCGCAGAUAUAGAGGACCUGCCCCAACAGUUCACCCUCAACAGACCUCUACUCAGUGGUAUAAGUAAUGCAGAAGCCAGACAGCCAGGCAAAGCCCCAAACUUCAGCGUGAACUGGACGGUGGGUGACCAGGCGCUGGAGGUGAUCAACGCAACCACCGGCAAGGACGACAUGGGCCGCGCUUCACGCCUCUGCAAGCACGCCCUGUACAGCCGCUGGGUGCGCCUACACACCAAGCUGACAUCCAUCCUGCGGAUCAAGGUGCUCAGGCCAAGCUCCUACCAUGAAGCCAAGCAGGCAGCCACAGAGUACCACAACGCCAAGCAGGCGCUCAUCAAGGCUUUCCACAAGUCCGGCCUAGGGGCAUGGGUCAAAAAGCCCAUUGAGCAAGACCAGUUUACCCUCUGCUCCUGAGGGAGUAAUGGGACCAAGGGACUCCUAAACCCCCACUCCCACCCCCCCACCCCCACCCCGACCCAGGCCUGAAAGAAAGACAGCCCCGUAUUAACAACCAGCCCGCAAAGACACUUACCUCCGUCCCAUAACGUUUGCACGCAUGUGGAAAUAAACGUGCAUAGUUUCACAAACCAUCCACAGCUCAUCAUUCUCAUCCUCAGAGGACCUCAGCCUCACCGUGUCAUUUCUCAUCAUAUUGACUUUUGUCCUUUUUAUUUAGAUUUUUAUGGAUGGUGUGUUUUUUGUUUUUUCAUCUACUUGUUUUCUGUUUUAAAACUGGAAUCCAUUGUUUUACGCCUCUUUGGUUGUUUUUGGUUUUUCCAGAUAAAUCUUGUUUUUAUGACGUAGAUGUGGACGUUAAAAUUCUACAUUUCUGUCUAUUUUCAUUGAUAGAUGAGUGUAGUCAGUUUAGGGUAAAAUGUAGAAACAGAGGCUGAUCAUUGUCAACUAAAACCAACAUGUAUGGACCUAUAAAAAAAAUGUACUUUUUAAAAAUAAUAACUAUGACAAAGUUUUAAUUUAAAGAUGCUUAAUCUUCAAGAUGUAAAUCUAGUACUGAAAAGACAGAGAACAGAAAAUAGUUAUAACAUUUAAAUGUGUGUUAUUUGGUCCGUUCCUUAGAUGAGACUCUAUGUUUUUUAGCCCCUGUAUUAAAGAUGAAUAUGUUAAAAAAAAUACUGUGGCCCUGAUCUAUUCACUGACUGGAAAUAAUAUGUAGGCCAGGUGUCACAGCAGUUUAGUACAUUUUUUUUGUUGGUUUUAGGUCUUAUUCAUUCAUUCGUGCGUAUGUUCUGUAAGUUAUUUUAUGUUACUCUCAUUUCAUACUUGAACAGUGGGGGGGUAAGGGGGUCAUGUCGAGUGUCUCGUAGCCGCCCUGACUCCUCCCCCCCUCGCCUGGGUCUUGGGACAAGUUUUGGGAGGUGCUGCACGUUGUAUUUUUUUCCUUGAUCUAAGCCAUGGCUUUGCAUGGGAACUGAACUGGGAGGCCCGCAGAGCAGAAAACAUGUGGUGGAGAGCCCUGUGCGUCCAUCAGUGAAUGAUUUUGAAUGAAUGCCAGCAUAUUCCUCCACAGGCAGCUUUGAAUCUGUGUCUCUAUUUUCUAGAUUUCUUGUGAUUGUUUGUUUUUGGGUUGUUGUUUUUUGGAGGGAGGGGGGGGGACAUUUUAUUUUUAUUUGUUGUUGUUGUUUUUUCUUGAAAUUGGGCAUUUUGAGGAUUGGGGGAUUAUACUGCAGUGAAAUCAGUGAUAGUCUAAACAGACCUCUCAGAUCUUGUAACUAUGUCACUUUGUGGCAGGGAUUCAUGAUAAUUGAUCUACUCAUACAAGGCAUGGUCUGUGUGCUGUCUAUGUAGUGCCACAUGCAGUGCGUGACGUUACAUUAUGCCUGUAGUGAUUGUCUGAGGUGCAAACAUGUUGUAAUCCCUGCAAACAGUGAAGUAAGACACAUUCACUGUACCAACAGACUCACAAUACUAACAUCUAAACUGUACCAGUAGGUUACUAUCCAAUGUAUCACGUUGAUGUCAUUUUAGACGGCCUGUUCUCUCUUCUACAUCCACGUCAGAAACACAUUAGGUGCGUAGUUCAGAAAGACCCCCUUCGUGAGCUGACUCGACACCUCUACUGUACACCCUGAUGAUGUUAUUCGAGUGCUUCAAACUAAAACGUCCUCGUGUUUUUAAAAUGUAUUGGAAAGCGAGGACGCCGCGAUUAACUCCUAUUCCCAGUGGUAGGACAUGUAGGUGUGUGUGUGUGUGCAAUCUGUGUGCUCAGGCCUCUUUAAGCGUACUCUGUGGAAAUCUUCACCAAAGAUGAUGUCCAUGUGUGUGUUUCAGCCCCAAUAUCUCCCUUACCAAGAUGAUUUUUUUUUUUUAAAUAUCUCAUAUAAUGUUUUAUUUUUGGCAUCAACCUUUUACCAUUUGGUUUUUGUACUGUAUAUCCACUGAACAAUGUACUGAUUUGUACAAAAAAAAACUGUGUAUCCCAUUCAAUAUGGGGUAAAAUACAAAUGUCAGGCUUCUUUAGUGCAUCUGUAGCUGUCGGUGACCACGUGUAUAUUGUGACCUGCGAUCAUUAUUGCUGCAGUACAGUCAUUGAUUUUUAAUUUUAAUUAUAAUUUUAUUUUUUUGUAUAUAAGGAACAACAAAAAUGAAUUAAUUAUGUUCCCUGUACAAUCAAUUCUUCCCAUCUUGAACUGUUUUAGACUUUUUUUACCCUUUCCCAUGUUGCUGGGAUUGUGAAGAUGUUUAUGUAUUAGUGGUUCUACGUGAUUCACUGGGCACCAUUAAGCAUGGCACCAACACUGCCGGGGUUCUUAACAGGCUUCAUCCCCACUGUAGCCACCCAUGUUUAA